UAUAUAUAUAUAUGAUUUCCCAUCUUUAAGUCAUUAUGUAUACAUUCAUUAAAUUUAUCCUCUUAUUUUUAAUUAUUUAUAAAUUAAGUGAAAGAAAAAUACUCAAUUUUUAUUUUUUAAAAAAUAAUUACUUGAUUACGGCACGUGUCAGUGAUUUGACACGUGCCUAAUCCAUUGUUUGUCCUUAUCCUCAUCGCUAGUGAAAAACACGGCCACUUAUCAAAUCCUUCUAGACCGUCGAGAUAUUUUACACAACGUCACCCACGUCACUUAACACGUGGCAUCCAUUUAUAAGACGCUGAAAACGUUCCGUUAUCUAACGGACGCUUAUAAAAAGAGGCUUCUCGGGACCCGGGAAGAAACGCACCGGAAGAAACCUUCUGAGACAAGUGUGCUUUCCAAAAAUGGAAGGAUCCGAAUUUCCCGAGUUAAUCCCCGGUUUGCCCGAAGAACUGGGUCUCGAGUGCUUAACUCGUUUGCCUUACUCAGCUCACGGAGUCGCCUCCCAGGUGUGUCGUCGGUGGCGAUUAUUGCUCAAGAGCAAAGAGUUUUACUUCCAUAGAAAGAAGCAUGGGUAUACGCGUAAGCUUGCUUGUUUGGUUCAGUCUACUGGAGUCGUCGUCGUCUCAUGUGGGGGGAUGAAACAGAGUGGGUCACCGAGUUACGGCAUCACCGUCUUCGACCCGGUGAGUCGAACCUGCGAGCGACUCCCUCCCAUACCGAAAUACCCAAACGGGUUGCCUUUGUUCUGUCAAGUGGCGAGCUCUGAAGGGAAGCUUGUACUCACGGGGGGAUGGGACCCGGUGAGUUAUGAACCGGUUAAGGACGUUUUCGUUUACGAUUUCACUAUUCGGCGAUGGAAGCAAGGGAAGGAAAUGGCGGGAAAGCGGUCGUUCUUCGCAAUCGGAGCGUGCUCGGGUCGGGUUUUAGUUGCAGGCGGACACGACGAGAACAAGAACGCGAUUUCAUCCGGGUGGGUUUAUGACGUGAAUCGAAACGAGUGGAGUGAGUUGCCGCCGCUGAGUCAAGAGCGAGACGAGUGCGAGGGGUUGGUGAUAGGAGACGAGUUUUGGGUGGUGAGCGGGUACGGGACAGAAACGCAGGGAGCGUUCGAGGGGAGCGCGGAGGUUUACGGAAUCGGGUCGGGCGAGUGGAGGAGGGUGGAGGGAGUUUGGGAGGCGGGUCGGUGCCCGAAAUCAUGUGUCGGGGUGGGGAAAGACGGGGGACUAGUGAACUUGGGGGAGUUGGACCCGGUGGUUCGGGUCGGGGUAUGCGGGGUGAUGAUGGGGAAUCGGGUACUGGUUACGGGAUCCGAAUACGAGGGAGCUGCGCAGGGGUUUUACACGGCGGAGAUGGUAGAAGGGCAAAAUGGUAAAAUUGAAAGGAUUGAUACGGGUGAUGGGUUCUCGGGUUUCGUUCAAUCGGGUUGCUGUGUGGAAAUUUAACAAAUGAUAACGAGGCAUAAACGACAAAACCAUUUUGUGUAAAUCUUUUUUUUUUUUUUUAAAUCAGAAAAUAUAUUAAGAGGUAUAUAAGCAACUUUCUAUAGUCAAUGUAUAUAAAUUAUUUUUACACUAAGCAUUUUAUAGCAUCCAAUCUUAAAGUUCAUGAA